AUGGCAGAUGUAGCACUUGCAAGGUUAGCUGAGGAGAGAAAGUCGUGGAGAAAGGAUCAUCCACCUGACUUCUUUGCAAGACCAGCCUCUAACGCUGAUGGCUCAACCAAUUUGAAUAGAUGGGAUUGUGGAGUACCUGGAAAGAAAGGUACUGCAUGGGAGAAUGGUGUAUACCCAGUCACUCUAGUAUUCUCAAAUGAUUAUCCAGCAAAGUCCCCACUUUGUUCAUUCCCUGCAGGAUUCUUCCAUCCCAAUGUAUUCUCAAAUGGCGAUAUUUGUCUAUCAAUCAUUGGUAAUGAUUGGAAGCCAUCGAUCACAGUAAAACAGAUUCUGAUUGGAAUACAAGACUUGUUGGAUAAUCCGAAUCCACUAAGUCCAGCUUCAACUGCUAUCACUGUUUAUGAGAAGAACAAGAAGGAGUACGAAAAGAAGAUACUAGCGCAGGCCAAGUCAUACUUACCCAAGUAG